AUGACGAAGAAUAAAAAACGAGAAAAGAAUUUAAAACGUGAAUUAAUCCGGGCUCAAGAAGAAGUUAAAAGAAUUCAGUCCUUUAGCGAUACUCCUAAGGUUGAUAAAUAUGGGAGACCGAUUUCAUCAGAUAAAGUUGCUAAAGAACUACAGCGAUAUUAUAAAUUAAGGGAUGACGAGUUUAAAAGUAAAAGCGAAUCCUCAGAAAGUGAUGAAGAACAGAAUCAUGCGACUACAGAGGAAGAGACAGACAUUGAAAAUAAUGAUUUACCGGCCUUUGACCACGCUAGAGGUGAAGGUGCUUAUGAGUCGUCAGAUAACGAAGUAGAAAACGAAGAAUUAAUUGAGCAAGAAUCCGAUGAAUAUCAUGAGGAG